AUGUCGAUUAGGAGCUGCAAUGAAGAGAGGGAGCAGAAGGUUUAUAAAGGAAAGAGAUUAAGUAUUGUGUAUAGAAGACCAGAGAGAAACAAGCCAUGGAAAGGGCCCUCGGAGUCCGUGGUGGUGGCGGCGGCCCCGACCCCGGCAAUUGACAAGCGAUUGACAGGCCGCUUCGGCCACCACGAAAGGCUGAAUAAUCAACUCCUUGGGCAGCACCGGCCGGGAACCCACCGCGCAGUGGAUACAAACAGUUCCCCUGGCCGAGGCUCAGGUCAUCUUUGUGCGCAGCAAACACCCUCUGGGAAACGUAGUUCUGAACCUUCCUUUGCUCGGCAUAACAGGCGGGCUGGAACUGAACAAGAACACUCCAAACUACAACAAGUAGAAGCUCUACUUACGUUUAAAGAGACGUUGGAAAUCAGCAUUUUCCAGAUCUGUGUGAAUUUUCCCAUUGGGGAUCUGGAUAACAGCCUGGCCAUCCCAGGAAGCAGAGCUUUAGACCUACGGCUGUCACUAGGAAUUGAUACAGGAUCAGUCUCGGGCCCUGAACCUGGCAACCCCACGGGUGAACUAUUACUGCUUCCUUGCACAAGAAUCAGUGGCAAAUUACAUCAAGAAUGA